UGAAGUUGAUUCUUGACAACUGCAUGAAUGUCUCGUUUAGAGACGACGGCAGUGUCACUAAGAGGAUUUCCCAAAUGGAUCUGUCUGCCUGUGAAGCCUCUGGAGAGAUUGUGGGAUCUCAAAGCAUGGGUAAGCUCUUCAGUGGCCAUCAGCCCCUGCAGCUGGGUGGAGUUAAGAAGACCUUGCUUUACCACAACUCACAGAGGCACUUCAGGGGGUUUGUGGGCUGCAUACGCAAUGUCAUCGUUGAUAGUAAGGUCUAUGAUUUACAGCACCCUGCAGAGUCCCUGAACAGUGCUCCUGGCUGUGUCCUUAUGGAUGAAAUGUGUCAGAGUGGUGGGAUGGCCUCCUGCGGUACCCAUGGCAAGUGUGUUGGUGGCUGGGAUUUCUUUCACUGUGACUGCUCCCCAGGAUAUGCUGGAGUAGCAUGUGAAAAAGUUCUUCCAGAAUGGGCUUUUGGACGGGACAGCUGGAUCCAUUACGAGCCAAGGAGCAUCCUGAGCACUCGAAGCACGCGGAUCCAGCUGAUGGUGCGCACCCGGCUCUCACACAGCACCCUGCUCAGCCUGGCCUCUGCACAUGGGAGAGGACACAUCCGACUGGAGGUCGUUGAGGGUUUCUUUAGUGUUAACUUCAGUUUGGGGGACAAAAAUCACUCUUUGAAAAUGAGAACAUUACGUAUAAACAAUGGCCAGUGGGUUCUUCUGACCAUGGAGCGCUACAACAAUGAAUUUACCCUGCGUGUUAACAGUGGUGGAGGUGAUCAAGAAGUCACUUCUGUCUUGGGUGUGAAUAGAUGGUUUGAAAUGGAUUGGGCAAGCAUUGUGCUAGGAAACCACCUUCCAAGUCAUUCAGAGAGUGAUUUCCAAGGUUGUAUGCGUGAUGUCCAGCUGGACGGUCAUCCACUCUUGGUGGAAGGCAGAAGCACAGAGUUUGGAUUAAUUUUGAGGCGACAAGGGGUCACCAUGGGAUGCCAUUCCAGUGCCUGCAGCAGCCAGCCCUGUUACAGCCCCUUCCUUUGUGUAGACCUUUGGAGAAAAUAUGAAUGCCGGUGCCCAGCUGGGAAAGUAGAAGUGACUGACACCCUUACAGGGCUUAGACACUGUACUUCAUCCCCUUGUGGACACUGGACCUGUAGGAAUGGGGGUACCUGUGUGGCUCAAUCCCAAGACAAGACUAUCUGCCAGUGCCCUGAAGGUUACAAGGGAAGAUGGUGUGAAAUUAGCCAGGUGAAGGCUGGAAGACCUGUUGGACUAAGCUCUGGCUCUAUUCUGGCAAUCAGCAUGUGCCUCCUUGUCUUCCUAGCACUCUUGGUUUCCUACACAGUGUGGAGUCAGUGGGGAAGUUCAGGGUUUCGGAAAGGAGGAAUUUACCACAUUCCUGAAGAGCGUGAAAGCUGGGAGGAUGUUAGAGAAAAUGUCUUCAAUUAUAAUGAAGAAGGGGGUGGAGAGCGUGACCAGAAUGCUUAUGAUAUAGAUGAACUGAAGAAACCUCUCCAAAAAAUUCCCCACUCCUCCUUACGAGAAGCUGCUCCACACUCCAGGACACCAACUGGCCCAAAAAGAGACUCACUCCCAAAACAUGCACAUCAAAAGCAAUCAAUAUCAGCUGUUACCAGCAUCCCAGACUUCAAGGAAUAUGUUUCUCAAAUCAUACGGGAUGCAGACAGUGAUCUAAAGAGCCUGCCAGCUGACACUAUUCAUUUUUACUGCUUGGAAGGGCAAUGCUCUCUAGCAGGGAGCCUUAGCUCAUUAGAUUCCAUUAGUGGGGAUGAAGAUCUAAAUUAUGAUUGCCUCCAAGAGUGGGGGUCAAAGUUUGAGAAGCUUAAAGAACUCUACGUGGUCUCAAAUGAAAAUUUGUAACCGGAGUUAAAGGAACUUGACACAUUGUCAUGACAUAUGGAGACUACUUUUAAAAAUGCCCUUUUUUAUAUAUAAGUUACAUCAAGUAACUUACAUGAUGCAAGUUUUUAGUUACAAUAGCAUGACAUACUCACUUUUCACAGGAGUGAUAAUCUGAAUGAUCUUUUUAUAUGCACUGUACAAAGUUAUUUCAUUACAUAAGUGCAAAGACUUUUAAAGCAUGAAUUUUCUUGAAAACCUUGGAAAGUAGGAUAUCUAUAGAAUAGUAUUAUAAUAUCCUUUUUUAUUUGUGUAGACCACAGUGACUUACUAGAAUUAUCCUGGAUGCAAGAACUUGAAUUAUUUUCUCCCUAGUGUUAAUAUGAAACCUAUCAGGUGGGUAACAAUGUAUAGAGCACUCUUUUUUAAAAUUGAAUUAAUUUUAGAAUGUGAAAUAAUUAUUACCAAUGUUAAAUAUAAAACAUUUACAAUUUCUGGUUUCUUGUCAGCUUUUGUUGUAUCCUCCUAAACUCUGCUCUUCCGUGACAUGACACACACCACCUCACUCACAGGCUGCCCAACUCUGUGGGACUUUUUCUGUCUGACCAUUUCUCCAAUUACCUGUACAAAGGGGAAAAGAGUAGCGAGAUCCCACCUGUGAACAUGACUUUGUGACAAUUUUACACUCUUAAAGGCAGUUGUGGGACCUGGAAAAAGUUUCUCUUCAGUAAACUUUUAUGUCCAGCUUUGCUUUUCACAUGGA